AUGUCUGCAGACGACCAAGUUUUUCUCGACGUUCUGUCCUCUAUUCCCAACGAAGUCCGUCGAUACUCGGGCGACGUCGCCGAUUACAUCGACAAGCACGUCGAACAUUUGGCUGGGCAGCUACGCACACAGCUCUCGUCGGCCCAAUGGAUCCCCGAGUCUGUCCGGCCGCGCCCGCCCCCGUCGCGUUUUUCCGCACAGAUGGUGCCACAGUCUACGUACGAAAAGGUUGAAGACUGGGUUUCCAGACACAAGCUGCUGACGGGCUUGAUCGUGCUUGCCACGGGCACUGUCAUGUACCAGUGCUACCGGCGCAGCCACUUUUGCCGCAAGACGCGACGGGCGAAGCGUGCCCGUAACGGCGGCCGCUUGGAGGUCGUUGUGGUUGCGGGCAAACCUAGUUUGCCGCUGACCAAGGCGCUCGCGCUGGACUUGGAGAGGAGAGGCCACAUCGUUUACAUUGUUUGCAACUCGGUCGAAGAUGAGGCCAUGGUGCGCAACUUGUCGAGGUUGGACAUAAAACCUUUGUCUAUCGACAUUACAGAUCCUCCGAGCGCAGGGGCUUCGAUCGACCAUUUUGCCCAAUAUCUCCAAACACCCCAUGCACCCGUAUCCAAAGCGAAAGCCAACUACCUAACUCUCAAAGCGGUCAUCCUCGUACCAUCUCUCAGCUAUCAGACCUCCCCCAUCGCCACUAUACCACCAUCAAGCUUUGCCGACCUCUUCAACACCCACCUCCUUCACCCCAUCCUCACCAUACAGGCUUUCCUGCCCCUUCUGACAGCGCGACUAUCGACGCAACCACCAGAACCAGAGAUCGGCCCGGAUGGAAAGGUAUCAAAGACCAGCAGCCACUCCCCUCCAAAGGUCCUCGUAUUCACUCCGUCCAUCAUCUCCUCCAUCAACCCGCCCUUCCACGCCCCGGAGGCCACAGUCUGCUCCGCUCUGUCGGCCUUCACCGAGGUUCUGACGGCAGAGCUCCGUCCGCUCUCAAUCCCCGUCACGCACGUGCAACUGGGGACGUUUGACUUUGCCAGCUUCACGCCGUCGGCGCAAGCCGGAGCGGCGGCCACGGCGCGUGCUGCUCUGAUGCCACCAUCGUCGGACAGCUCAUCCGAGGCGUCCUGGCCCGAGGGGGCGCGCCACGCCUACGGCCGCAACUUCAACGCCCUAGCCGGCUCCGCGACCGUCGGCUCCGGCACCGUCUUCCGCGGCCUGCGCGGCACCUCGUUGAGGGAACUCCACAACACCGUCUUUGACAUUAUUCACACCGCGGGAGGCGCGCAGCCGCCGACGCUGGUGCGCGUCGGUCUCGGCGCUGACCUCUACGGCUUUGUCGGUCGCUGGGUACCGCGCGGGUUGGUGGCAUGGAUGAUGGGCGUGAGAAAGGUCGACGACCUCGCGGCAUGGCAACCCGCUUCGGCGGAGAACUCUCCAAGGUCUGGGAGCGAGAACGGUGACUUUAUCGCCGUGUCCGGGAGCACACUGGGUGGCGAGGCCACUGACUCCAACCCUUGGAGAGCCCCGGUAUAG